AUGACGAUAGAAGCAGCUUUGAUCUGUAUAGAUAAUUCCGAAUAUUCCAGAAAUGGAGAUUUCGUACCUACCAGGCUAGGUGCACAAAUUGACGCCAUAGGAUUGAUAGCAAGCGCUAAACUAUCUGAACAAUUUGAAAAUUCAGUUGGAAUUGUAUGCCUUGCACGUAAAGGAUCUCAACUACUAACGGCUCCAUCAAAUGAUUUGGGAACCUUCCUAACUGAUUUACAAACAGUGGUUCCACACUCUCAAUCUGAUUUCAUAAGGGGUAUACAGACAGCCCAGUUGGCCUUAAAGCAUAGGCUGAAUAAGUCACAACAGCAACGUAUAAUAUGCUUUGUAGCAAGCCCUAUAGUUGAGCCCGUAAAACAUUUCGUUAAACUUGGGAAACUUUUAAAGAAAAACAACGUUAUUCUAGAUAUAAUUGACAUCUCAAACAACUCUGAAACUGAAGAGAAGCUAAAGACUCUUCACUCAGCCGUAAAUAACAAUGACACUAGUCACUAUCUUUGCUGCAAGCCAUGCUCAGGCACUCUAUUAAGUGAUAUGAUUUUCAACUCGGCAGUGUUAUAUGGGCAAUCCGGCGGCGUUGGAGGUGGAUCCCAAAUAUCACAGAAUCUCACAGAUUUCGGAGUUGACCCUGAGAUGGACCCUCAGUUGUACAUGGCCUUGAGAUUAUCGCUAGAGCAGGAGGAAGAAAGACUGAGGAAGGAAGCUACUAAAAUGCAGAAUAAAACAGAAUCAACAUUAACUGAUAUAGAAAAUGAAUUAAAAGGAAUGGAAGGACUCCAAGUUGUUCCCCUGGAUAAGUGUGUAGAAAUACUUUCCACCAGUGAAGGGAACCCUGAACUCCUAGAGUCACUCGUGUAUUCAUUCCCAGAUGUAGAUAGCGAGGAACCUAGAAUACAGGUAAAAUUCGAUUUUAAUGAAAACAUUGUAGGAAUUGGUUGCAAAGUUGAAGGAACUACAACAAAAGUUACAGUGAUUCCAAAUAAAUAA